GAAGGAGGACGCCGAACCUGAAGCACCUCGGCCGGGGAGCAAGCCCCGCCUCGGCCAACAGCCGACUAGUGGCUGGAAAAGAAAACAUCCGUGAGUCCAAACAGAAAGACCAGGCAGCCAGCCAAAGAGUGAGCGCCAGGAGAAAUUCACCCCGCCCCUCCACAGUCCCGCAGCUGGCUGCCGAGGACGCGCACAUCCGGGUAAUCGGGCUCGCGCAUGCGUAGUGUCCGCGAACAUGGCUGCCGCCGGUCGUCCGCGCUUUGAACAUGAGACUGACAACGGUGGCUCAGAAGGUUCCAGUGGAAGAACUGUCCUGUGACUUGGCAAUGGAAGGGUUUGUGAGGGAUGAUCGCUGUUUGCUAGUUCUGGGUGACAGCUGGGAGUGUGAGAACCAGAAGAGACAUCUGAGGCAGUCUACUUUACCUCAGGAGAAACCAGGGUCUCAGGAAGCAGUCUCUGAAUAUCCUGGCUUUGGGAAGCCUUUGAGUGCAAGUGUGGGUCGUCCACCAUCUCAAAGAUUUCCUGUAACAAAUGAUUUCCAUGAUGUGAAUGGCAGAAUGUUGGACUGUGACCAAGCCUUACACAGUUCCAAAAACUAUGCAGGCAAGAGAACUGGUGACAGUGAUGACUGUGGAAAAGCCUUCCAGCACUCCUUGGAAGUUUCUCAGCUUGGAAAAAGUCAAAUGAGAGACAAAUCCUGUAAAUACCCUGAAAAUUUAAAAUCCAUCAACCAUUUUACCCACAUUAGUGAUCAAAAAAUAAUGAAAAGAGGAAAGAAACUAUAUGAAGGCAAUGACUUUGGGCACAUCUUUUCCCUGAGCUCCUCUCUAAGUGAAAACAGGAGGCGUCACCCCACUGAGAAACCAUACAAAUGUACUGAAUGUGGCAAAUGCUUCAAACGCAAUUCUUCUCUGGUUUUGCAUCACCGAACUCACACUGGAGAGAAACCUUAUACCUGUAAUGAGUGUGGAAAAUCUUUUUCUAAGAACUACAACCUAAUUGUUCAUCAAAGGAUCCAUACAGGAGAGAAGCCGUAUAAAUGCAGUAAAUGUGGAAAAGCUUUUAGUGAUGGGUCAGCUCUGACCCAACACCAAAGGAUUCACACAGGUGAGAAGCCUUAUGAAUGUCUAGAAUGUGGAAAAACCUUUAACCGAAAUUCAUCUUUGAUUUUGCAUCAAAGAACUCAUACAGGAGAAAAACCAUAUAGAUGCAAUGAGUGUGGGAAACCCUUCACUGACAUCUCUCACCUUACCGUGCAUCUCAGAAUUCACACAGGUGAGAAACCUUACGAGUGCAGCAGGUGUGGAAAGGCUUUCCGGGAUGGCUCAUACCUUACCCAGCAUGAGAGGACUCACACUGGGGAAAAGCCCUUUGAGUGUGUAGAGUGUGGGAAAUCUUUCAACCGCAAUUCCCACCUUAUUGUGCAUCAAAAAAUUCAUUCUGGGGAGAAGCCCUAUGAGUGUAAAGAGUGUGGGAAGACAUUCAUUGAGAGUGCGUACCUUAUCAGACACCAGAGGAUUCAUACUGGUGAGAAGCCCUACAGCUGUAACCAGUGUCAGAAGCUUUUCAGGAACAUUGCUGGCCUCAUCCGGCACCAGAGGACUCAUACUGGUGAGAAGCCCUAUGAGUGUAAUCAGUGUGGCAAAGCUUUCCGGGACAGCUCCUGUCUGACCAAACACCAGAGGAUUCACACCAAGGAAUCUCCAUACCAGUGUCUGCAAUGUGGGAAGUCCUUCAAGCAGAACUCUCAUCUGGCAGUUCAUCAGAAACUGCAUAACAGGGAGGGUCCCUACCAAUGUCCUCAGUGUGAGAAGUCAUUUAGGAGGAGUUCAUCCCUUGUCCGACAUCAGAGAACACACCCUGAAGAGCAGCCUUUGGAAACAUAAAGAAUGCUCAUGACCACACGGUUUUCCAACUUUGUCAAAAACCUGCACAAAGGUGAUGUGGCUUCAGAUGUGACUCCUGCUCCUUAAGCUACCUGGAGAAUUGGUCAUUGUGAGACAUUCUGUAGCCCAGUUAAGUCCAUUAUUGGAGAACUCCUGGCAAAAACAUUGGAUGAUGAUAAAUGUGAAAAAAAGCUUCAAGGAUUUGUUUUUUUUUGUUUGUUUUUUUGGUACUGGGGAUUGA